CAUAUUUGGGGUUGCCGAGUCUCCGUAAACCUGAAUUGAUUGAUUGUGUUUUGUUUGUUUUCAUCUUCGCUUCGUGUGUUUUGACCUUCCGCUUGACUUAUCCCUUGUACCUCUGCAAAUCUGCCUUUUUGGAUUUUUACCUUUGAUUGUUUUUUCACCACUUAUUUUGCUACUCGAGUUGGCUUUGUGUUUAUUGGAAUACCUGGCUUGAUUAUUGGACUGUAAAUAACGACGAUUCUGAUUAUCCCUGGGUCUGCGCUUGGGUCUCUGACCGAUCAGUGCUGCGGAAUCUACAGUCCUGUGAGAAUCUUUCAACCCAAAACAGCUGGAAUAAAUGCACUCAGGAAAAAGAGUGUGCAUGUGGGAGAGAGAUAGAGAGAGAGAGAGUGGAGAAAUGGAUACAGGUGGAUCAUCUGGUCAUGUUGGGGAAACACAACAUCUCUCUGAGCUGAGGAUUGUGUUGGUGGGAGCAGAGGUAUGUGGGAAGAGUUCAGCAGGAAACACUAUCUUGGGCAAACAGGUGUUUGCAUCUGGAAUAACAACUCUAGAGGGUAAGAAGGUGCAGGCUACCAUAGCUGGGAGACAGGUCACUAUGGUGGACACACGUGGCUGGAUCUGUUAUUUUCCUGUUGAAGAUUCUCCAGAACUGCUGAAAGACCAUAUUUUGUGGAGUGUGUCUCUGUGUCCCCCUGGACCCCAUGCUUUCCUGCUGGUCAUAAAUCUGGACUCAUCGUUCCAAGAGGAACACAGGAUAGCAGUGCAGAAACACCUGGAGCUUCUCGGUGAAACAGUGUGGAGACACACUAUACUGCUGUUCACCUUUGGGGACACUUUCAGGGGAAUGACCAUCAAGCAGCACAUUGAAGGACAGGCCCUCCAGAUGCUUAUAGAGAAAUGUGGGAACAGGUACUAUGUUCUCAGCAAUAAGAACAGCAGUGAGGGCUUUCAGGUCUCAGAGCUGCUGGAGAUGAUAGAGAAGAUGGUGGCAGGUAAUGGUGGCUGUCAUUUUCAAAUGGAGAGAGAAAUUCGAAGAGACAUGGAGGAGAAGAGGAGGAUUACAGAAAAACGAGCCAAUCAGAGAGCAAUGAAGGUGUAUGAACACAGAGAGACACUCCGACACCUCCUUAGAGGGGAUGCCACCCGUCCCUCAGAGCUGCGGAUGGUGCUUCUGGGGUGGGUGGCUGGGGGGAAGAGCUCGACAACAAAUACCAUCCUGGGCAGAGAAGAGUUUGGAGUUGGAGUUUGGAAAAGAACUACACAGUGUGAGAAGAAGCAAGGUGAAGUCAAUGGGAGGCAGGUCACUGUGGUCGACACACCCGGCUGGUGGAAGUUUAUCCAGGGUGAGCUCACACCUGAUUCGAUAAAAGAGGAAGCAAUGAAGGGUUUGACACUGUGCCACCCCGGACCCCAUGCAAUUCUGCUGGUUAUUCCAACAGACACAUCAUUUAAAGAAGAACAAAGGAAAAUAAUUCGAGACAACAUGAAGCACCUUGGAGAGAGAGUGUGGGGACACACUCUAGUGCUCUUCACCUGGGGGGAAUACCUAGGAAACAGCUCCAUCGAGCAGCACAUAGAGAGAGAAGGACAGGCCCUCCAGUGGCUUAUAGAGAAAUGUGGGAACAGGUACCAUGUUCUCAGCAAUAAGGAAAGGGGGGAUAAAACCCAAGUCACAGAGCUGCUAGAGAAGAUUGAAGAGCUGGUAGCAGGUAAAAGUAUCUUUCAUCUCAAGACUGAAACACCAAGUGAAGUUAUGGAGGAGAUAGAACAGAAGGACAGAGAGACCAUGGGGGUUCAUCUCAGCACAGAGAAGCAGAAGGUAACAGAGCUGAUGAAAAUUAUUGAUGAACUCUGGGUCAAGAGAGAACAACAUCUGUUUGAGCAACUGGGUUUGGAUUCUAAACAAAGGAAUGAAGUUAGGCAUCCUGCUGAUAUGCUAAAAGUGUUUGAAAAGGAAUGGAGCAGAACAGAAACAGGCUUGAAGCUGAAGACGAUGAUUCCGGAAUGUACCACCACCCACAAUGAGGGAGACAUACUCUGUGGAUCAAAGAUUUUGGAAGUGGGGAGCACUCUUACAGAAGCAGCCAACAAGACACGUGCCCAACAGUGGAUAGAGAGAGAGGAUGCUGCUUUUGAAAAGGAGUGGGGAAGGAGAGAAUGGAUGAUGUUCCAUCACUUUAAAAGGAUGAUGCAGGACACUGUCACACAAUCUGUGAGGGGAGUGGGAAGCAUGUAUGAACCUCCAGACUUGUGUGCAGACACAUCCUCAGAGCCUGACACCUCUCAUGUUGCAAGGGCCUGCAUCAAGGUGUGUGACUGGAUGAGUGAAAAGCAUAAUGGGAAUUCUGCUGCUGCAUCUGGAUAUGAAACAAGUUCUGAAAUUAGCAACACAGAGGCCUCUGGCAUCACAGAAAGAGACAAGGGACUGGAACACUGCGGAACUGCAGAUGCAUAAAACUGACCACUGUAAUAUAGCAUCACUCCUUCUACAACAUCAACACUGAACAGUGUAAUAUAGCAUCACUCCUUAUACCAAAUCAACACUGCACAGUGUAAUAUAGCAUCACUUCUUAUACAACAUUGACACUGAACAGUGUAAUAUAGCAUCACUUCUUAUACAACAUCAACACUGACCACUGCAAUAUAGCAUCACCCCUUAUACCUAAUCAACCCUGCACAGUGUAAUAUAGCAUCACUCCUUAUACCAAAUGAACACUGCACAGUGUAAUAUAGCAUCACUCCUUAUGCCAAAUCAACACUGAACAGUGUAAUAUAGCACCACUCCUUAUACAACAUCAACCAUGAACAGUGUAAUAUAGCACCACUCCUUAUACAACAUCAACACUGACCACUGCAAUAUAGCAUCACUCCUUAUACCAAAUCAACACUGCACAGUGUAAUAUAGCAUCACUCCUUAUGCCAAAUUGACACUGAACAGUGUAAUAUAGCACCACUCCUUAUACAACAUCAACAAUGAACAGUGUAAUAUAGCACCACUCCUUAUACUACAUCAACACUGAACAGUAUAAUAUAGGACUACUCUUUAUUCAAAUUCAACACUGAACACUGUAAUAUAGCCUCACUCCUGAUACCAAAUCAACACUGAACAGUGUAAUAUAGCACCACUCCUUAUACUGCAUCAACACUGCACAGUGUAAUAUAGCACCUCUCUUUUUACUACAAUAGAAUGGACCACUGUAAUGAGGCACCACUCAUUAUACUACAUUAGAGGAGUAACAUGGUGGUUCAAUGUAACACAUCCAGUUGUCUUUAGGAAACAACAAAACAAAUGUUAUACAGUCAUUUAAAAGUUUUUUUUUUUUUUAAGUAUUCUUCUAAGCCUAAAUUUCCCACUAUUAAACUGUCUGGGCAUGGUAAUGAGAAUUAUGAAUUAGCUAUGAUUGACAGACUGUGCUCCCACUUUCCACACAUUGUUGUUUGUUACCAUAGCUGUCUCCAUGAUACACGCUCCAUGAUACAUGGAUUCCAUGUAUCCAUGUUCUCGUAGACAGAGCACAGGAAUCAUUUGAAACUAAAAAGACACAAUGAGGAAAUCACAAAAUAUGAGUGGGAAAAAUGUAUCAAAAUUCAGAUGGUCAAUACAAUACUCAAUGUAAUAUGAAUGGUAAUGGAACGACCUCCCCAUUUCUCUAUGGCUGCCGCUGCAGUGAGAACACAUCUCUUCAGACUGUAUCUCAAACACUACUUCUCUGCAUGAUUACCUCCAAUCUAGUAUCACUCAUGUAUUGCUUGUGUCUUCAUCUUCAAACCCUUUCAUGUUGUAUUUGUAUCUAGCAAUCUAAUUUUGCACUUGUUUCUCCAUCUGGAUGUUGUAGUUCUUUACUAUAAUUAUUGCAAUGAUGCCUUGCAUCCUGUUUAUGACAUGCUAUAACUUUCCUGACUUUCAGGAAUUUUUUUUUUAAUUUACCAUGUGAACUAGACAUGAUGUUCAUGGCUAUGGAUUACUGAUGCUUUAAGUGAAUUGUACAUUAUCUGACCUGUAAUCUGUUGUUCGAUCUUUGAUAUGCACUUAUUCUAUGUGGCUUUAGAUAAAUGGAUCUGCUAAAUGAAUGGAAUAUAAUGAUGUAAUUGGGUGAAUGAGGUUUGACACUCAAUGAUGCAUUACUUUAUUGUUAAUAUCGCUCAUGUCUGCAUAAAAUGCAAUUUUGAGGUGAGCACUUUAUUUCACUGUCUUUGGGAUCACCCCAAAAUAAAUGACUUUUGGUGCAAUUCAUAUUUUUUGUGAUUUAAACAGAUCCCUCUGUGUCCAAUGCUAUGUGUUUUGGUUCUCUUCCCUGUCAAUUGAAAUUUAUCUAGAAUUUCAUUCUUUUCCCCCUUUGCCGUCUUCUAGUAAAACACGCAAUAGCAGCUUUAAUUGGUGAAACCCAGUCACUGUAUUACCACUGGCUAAAGUAAUUGCUUGGCUCUG